AUGGCUAUGUUCGUGAGACGAGCCGCAUCGAGUCGAAAUGCGAUUGGGUUUCUCAUAAGAAGUUCCUUAGUUGCUCAAUCUCGCGAUUUCUCUCACAAGACGACUCCCUUUUCACCCAAUCUGGUGAUAGGCCGAGAUUCGCAACUCGAUUUGUCCACCACGCCCGAUUUCUUCAGAGAUUCUCGCCGAGGGUUCGCAAAAGGCAAAAAAUCAAAGGAUGAUUCAGGAUCUGGGUUGGUCGACGUAGCUCCAGAUAUCGGGCCUACCGUCAAAGCAUCUGCCUCUUCGCAGAUGGAAGCAGCCAUCGAUGCAUUGUCUCGAGAUUUAAGUAAACUAAGAACUGGAAGAGCAGCACCAGGAAUGCUUGAUCAUAUUAUUGUUGAAACUGGUGGAGUAAAGAUGCCACUCAAUCACUUAGCUUUGGUCUCUGUGCUCGAUCCAAAGACAUUGUCUAUCAAUCCAUAUGAUCCCAAUACGGUGAAAGAACUUGAGAAAGCAAUAGUCGCAUCGCCAUUAGGAUUAAACCCGAAAGUGGAUGGGCAACGACUAGUCGCAGCAAUCCCAGCAUUGACCAAGGAGCAUAUUCAGGCGAUGUGCAAGAUUGUAACAAAGUCCAGUGAAGUUGCCAAACAAAGCAUACGAAGAGCUAGGCAAAAGGCACUGGACACAGUAAAGAAAGCAGGGUCAAGCCUAUCAAAAGAUGAAGUGAAAAGACUAGAGAAGGAAGUAGAAGAGUUGACAAAGAAGUUUGUAAAGUCAGCAGAGGACAUGUGCAAGUCCAAAGAGAAAGAGAUCACAACCCAAGCCUGA